GCCGCGAGAUGCUGGGCCAGGUGUUCGUGCUCUCCUCGCAGGGCGACCGGCUGCUCUACAGGGACUUCCGCGGCCAUGGCGGCCCCGACCCGGUGGGCGCCUUCUUCCGCCAAGCCACGCUGCCCGGAGCCCAGGCGCCCCUCGGCCAGGGCCCCGAGGGGCUGCACUUCGCGCACGUGCGCCACGCCGGCCUCUACUUCGCGGCCACCCUGCUGCCCACCGCCUCGCCCUUCGUGGCGCUCGAGUUCCUCUGCAGGCUGGUGAGCCUCCUGCGCGACUACUGCGGCCCCCUCGACGAGCAGACGGUGGCCCUCAACUUCGCCCUCAUCUACGAAGUGCUCGACGAGCUGCUGGACUACGGCUACGUGCAGACCACCCGGCCGGAGGUGCUGAAGAACUUCAUCCAGAUGGAGCCAGUGGUCAGCCAACCCUUCAGCCUCCUGGACCUCAGCACUGUGGGCCUGUUUGGAGCAGACACCCAACAAAGCAAAGUGGCCCCCAGCUGCGCAGCUGCCCGCCCUGUCCUGCCUCUGCGUGGAGAACAGGGCGUGCGGCCAGAGGUUUUCCUCGAUGUGGUUGAGCGCCUCUCUGUGGUUGUUGCGGCAAAUGGCACUCCCAUGAAGAUGGACAUCCAGGGGGAAAUCCGACUCAAGACCUUCUUCCCUGGCUGCUCAGAGAUGCGGAUUGGGCUCACGGAGGAGUUCUGCGUGGGCAAGACGGAGCUGCGAGGCUAUGGCACAGCUGUCCGGGUGGACGAAUGUUCUUUCCAUGCCUCCGUCCAGCUGGAGGAGUUUGAGCGCAGCCGCAUUCUCCGUGUGGCCCCCAGUCAAGGGGAGCUGACCCUGAUGCAGUACCAGCUGGCAGACGACAUCCCUUCGGCUCUGCCCUUCCAUCUCUUCCCCACCAUCAACCAUGAUGCCAGCGGCAGGCUUCAGGUGUACCUUAAGCUGCGCUGUGACUUGCCCCCCAAGAGCCAUGCCGUGAAUGUCUCCCUCCAUCUGCCGGUCCCCAAGGCUGCGCUGAGCCUCGCUCAAGAGCUGAGCAGUCCGGAGCAGACGGCCACCCUGCAGCCCAGCACCAAAUCUGUUGAGUGGGUGGUGCCCAGAGUCCAAGGCGGCUCCCAGCUCUCAGCCCUUUUCAAGCUGGAGGUGCCUGGGCUGAGUCGGGCCACGCUGCGGGAGCUGGGGCCCGUGAACCUUUCCUUCGAGGUGCCAGCCCACACCUGCUCCGGGUUGCAAGUGCGCUUCCUGCGCUUCACAGGCCCACAGCCUCGCCUUCCCUACCGCUGGGUGCGGUAUGUGACACACAGCGAGUCCUACGUCCUCCGCCUCAACACAGGGUAGCUUCAACAAGGAACUUUUUAUUUGUUAACAAGGAGAUGUCAAUAGUGCUGAACUAAUAAAGAACUAAGUAACCAGAA